AUGGUCAUAGCGGGGAUCCAUGUGACCCAGGACUCGCCCACAGAUGUGCAGUAUGUUGCGACGCUGGUGGUGCUUAUGGUUGGGGUGCUUGUCACAAACAUACUUGGCUUCCUGCAUUUUCGGCGCCAAGAGCGUUCCCUCGAGGCACGCGUUGCUGCUCUGGACAUGGACACGCCAUACCUUGCGUGCAAGCAUGCAGCGCAGAUUGUUCGCGGUGAGCCGUGCGUUGACUGGGAGUUGCUUCGGCUCCGCAAUUCGGUGUGGCGCAGCCUGGUCUUGGCCAUGCUGACCUUUGUCCUGGCAGCCCGCAUCACAUUCGAGAUCCCAGUCUGUCGGGUCAUCUCCACGUUGUCGGAAUAUGCUGUGCAGUCCUACCCGCACUUGGCCAACCAGUCCUUAUGGGUGCAUGAUUUGGUCAGGGAUGGGGUGGACUACCGGGAGUUGCCCCCGGUGCAUCCGGUUGACGCUUUGCAGCCAGCGGCGCGAGUACGAGCCUUACCGCUCGCGAUCGAUGCCUUGCGAGUGGAGCAUGAAUAUUGGCGCGAAACGACCAUGCUGCCCACAUUCCAAGCGUUCCUGCAGAGCUGGGUCACGGGUUAUCCUGUGGACCUCAACACGGAUGGCAAGCAGGGAGGCAUUGGCUCCGGCAACCUGUUAGCAACGAACUAUGUGAUUUUUGACAACUUCAAGAGUAGCGUGGUACAGGAGAAGCAGCGGUUGAAACCCGCUUUGCAAAAUUUCGUGCUCAACUCACCGGAUUUGGCCUUCACCCACCGUGCUGCAGGAGGGGUGGCGCUUUGGGGACUUCCCUGGAAGGGUCUUGUGGAAGAAGUCAUUGCUACCAUCUUGCAGCAUAGAGAUCGCACGCCCAGAGCAACCCUGGUUUCUGACAGGCCGUGGACCCUGAAAGCGGGCGCGCUCCAGUUAAGUGUUGCCAGCGGUUGGAAGCUCUACCUUUGCAAAACUUUUGCAUUGUUGCUGGCAUCCUUGCUUCCCAUUCGUAGAAAAAUCUUGGAGUCAUGUCGCGUGACGGGUCUCGUCGAUGUAGGUUUGGUGACUCUUUACACCAGCCUGGACCUAAUGUGCCUUGUCGGCACGUGGCUGCUGUGUGCCGUGGCACCAGUGGCUCUAGCUUAUGGCGAGCUUGUGAAGAAUGGGGUCAGUGUCAUGUGGCCCCAUAUCUUGAACAUUCUUGAUGUCUUGGGCAGCACGUCGUUUUCGGAGGCCAGAGGCGAGAUUGCCAUCCUCUUAUCAGACGCCUUGGUCAAAGACAUGCACAAAUUGCUCACGAUUGUGCAGUCUGGUAUCCCUGCUGUCGAGUGGGACUUGUCAUUCUUCCUGAAACUUGCCGUUGGCUCCUUGGCUUUUGUUGGGAUGUCUGCUGCAAUGGCCCGCAUCGCAUGCCCGAGAAUGGCAUAUACCACCUGCCUGUCGAUUGGCCUUUGUGGGCCACUCUGGGCUUUCACCAAGGAAGCCAAGGGUAUGGCUUUAGCAAGCCGUGCUGCCCGCACAUCUCUGAUGGUUCGAACUCUGCUCUUUGCAACGGUAGUGGUUUGGAGGUGGAGGAAUGUGGACCAGUUCUCCACACAGCUCUAUGCGGCUAUGGUCUUCAACAGAGUCAUGAGCGCGAUGUUUUUGAAGGUUUGCUGGGUAGUGUUGCUUGUUGUACAUUGUCUGUGUGGGCUUGCAGCGGUGCAUUGCGCUGAGCAGAGCCUGGAGAUUGGAGAUUUUAACAUAGAGCAUCGGUUUGGCAGUGCUGAACUACCCUAUGGGACUUUCAGCACUUUGCCCAGGCAGCCGUCUCAGGCAAACAUGUACGGGCCAUAA